AAAAAAUAAACCGUUUGAAUCAAAGAGAGAUAGGACGUCAAAAUCAAACCCAUCCGAGAAAUAAUUGAGAAGCAUUGUCCGUCCAAUCUCUCGCUGUCUUGCCGGUGUGCCGAAACCACAUUAUAAUUCUGUCUCUCUGUCUCUCCUGUAACUCUUUGCUCGUAUAACCCACUAUCUCUCAAGCCACUCCAUCCCCACUCUUCUCCGUCUUUUGCCGUCGUAAUUCGAAAACCCUUUUGACCAAACCAUCAUUUCAGGAUGCCAGCUACAGCAGGAAGGGUUCGCAUGCCCGCGAACAAUAGGGUGCAUAGUAGUGCUGCCCUCCAAACACAUGGCAUAUGGCAGAGUGCAAUUGGGUAUGAUCCAUAUGCACCUAACAAGGACGAUGAUAAGAACUCUUCACAACAAAGGGCAUCAAACUCUGAACCUGAGGGUGAGAAUGCAUAUGCAAGCUUCCAAGGUCUCCUUGCACUUGCCCGUAUAACUGGUUCCAAUGCUGAUGAGGCUCGGGGGGCAUGCAAAAAGUGUGGACGUGUUGGGCAUCUCAGCUUUCAAUGCAGGAACUUUUUAAGCAUUAAGGAUAAUAAUAAGGAGAAAGACCCAGCAGCUAUUCAAGCUGAUGUAUUGUCUGAGUUGAAUAAGUUGAAGGGGAGUGCAGAUAAGGUGAAUGGGAAAAGUGCUGUUGAGAGCUCAGAGGAGAGCUCAGAGGAGGAAGGGGACAGUUCAGACUCAUAUUAUGACUCUGAGAUUGAGAGGAUUAUUGCUGAAAGAAGUGGGAGAAAGGUUAGUAGAAAGAUCAUGUCAUCCGAGAAAAAGGACCCAGAUGAUGAUGAAGAUACCGAUUCUAGAAAGAAGAAGAAGAGAGGAAGGUCUAAGAAGAGGAGGAGUCGGAAGAGAGAGAGUGAUGACUCUGAUAGUUCUGAUGAUUAUAGGAGGAAGAAAAGGAAGGAAAAGCGGAGGAAGAGAGAUGAAUCCUCGGAUGAGGAAAGUGACCACUGCCGUCGAAGGCAUAGAAAGAGUAGAAAGGAGAAAAGGAGGAGGAGAAGCCAUCGUUAUUCAGAUGAUUCUGAAUCUGAUCCAUCUGAGGAUUCUGAUAGACACCGGAAGCAGAAGAGCAGGAGGGCUGUAUCACUGUCUGAUUAUGAUAAAAGUGACCCUGAUGAUUCCCGAGUUGGUAGGGGAAAGAAGCGGUCUGAGAAGAAGAGCCAGAAACGUUAUCACAAGGAUGAUGAAUAGAGUAUUUUGAGUCAAGAUAUCGAGCUUGUUAUCUAUCAAGUUGCUGUUAAGUUCGUUUAGCAUGGGACUAUUUGCGUUUGUAACCUGUACUAUGGCUCUCUUUAUUUGCUCGGAGAUGCUGUUUUACUUGGAGUUCAGCACUGGGGGUAAAUAAAUCGUUACCUGUUUGCAGAUGUGGAAUUAAAUUUUAAACUGCACUAAUCUAUUUCGUUAUCAUGGGCUAUGUUUUUCGUGUCUGGUUCUUUUUAAUCUCUUAAUGAAAUUCUCCAUAAAGUUUAGCCUCCUUCACAAGGUUUAUCUCUUGUUCUGGUAA